GGUGCUUCGGUGCAGUGUUGUGAUCGCGCGCUUACUUUACACAUCACGAGGCUUCGCUUACAGAAAUGACUGGGGUGUAUACGAAGAAAUCUGUGGAGGACGUGUUCGACACGUCACAAGAAGCGCUUCCGUUCAGACUUCAACAGAUCGCCGAAGAUGAGCUCGGAGAGACUCCCGCUCGGAGGAAGGAAUCUCUUGCGAAGCUUCUUCAGCUUUUAUCAGAGGAAGAGGGCCUGAACACACGGAAGGAUGCGCAGUUUCUUCUGAGGUUCCUGCGGGUGCGGAAGUACAACGUGGAGGCGGCCCUGCGCACAGUGAAAAACUAUUACAAGAUCCGAAACACCAGCGGGCCCGUGUUCCGUGACUUCCUGCCUUCAAAGGUGUCUCCAGCUACGAGAAAGCUCAUGAUGGUCAUGAAAGAGAAGGAUGCUCACGGACGACGAAUCUUCUUUUUCAAACCCGGUAUGUGGGUGCUCGAGGAAUCAUCCUACGUUGAUGUUCAUCGGGCUAUCAUGCUGUGCUUGGAGCACCUGGCUAAGGACCCGACGACACAAACGCUAGGCGUGGUGAUACUCUUUGACUAUGGUGGCUUUACAGCAGAAAAAGUGCUUGCCAUCAACGUGGGUUUGAUCAGGAGAGGCUUUGAGUACCUGCAGGAUUGUAUGCCAAUGCGACUCAAGGCCAUGCACAAUGUGAAGCAAGGCCUAGCGUUCGACACGUUCUUCGCGCUCAUCCGGCCUUUCUUGAAGGCGAAGCUUGCACAAAGGUUUAUCCUUUACGGAGAAAAGUUCGAGGAGCUCCACAAGGAAAUCCCGCCCAAGGUUCUUCCAGAGGAGUACGGUGGUCAUGCGCCGCCUGUCGACUUCGAUGGUUUCUGGAACGACCUGGAAGGUUAUGACGACGAGUACCGGGAGAACAACAGCUACGGCUACACAAAGACUACCAAAGAAGACUUUGUCACGGAGGCUGAGAUUGAAAGCCAGUUAACGUUUCUGUAAACAUCGUAAAAAGGCGCAAGCCCGUGAAAAAGAAGUAGCAACAUUCUUUAGAGAGGGAAAAUCGACAUCCAUCCGGUUUUAUACCACGAAGCUAGAAGGGAAACCCGUACGGAUUUCCCAGAAAGAAAGCUUCACAGUUGAAAAAAAAAUUGUGGGCUCGAUCCCAGAGCCAACGCCUUCGCGAGGCGAUCGCACUACCAUGUGAGCUGACCAGGAUGCUGACAGGUUGCAACGCGAUGCGGAAUCGACCGAUAACUCAAGGCACUGGAAUACUGAAUGUGCGAGAUACGUUGUGCGGAAGCCAGCAAGGUGGCCUCGCUCUGAGGUCUGCUAUAUCUGCUAGCCUCCUGGUUAGGUCAAAUGGUAGAGCGACCGGCGCGGAAAGGCGUUGGCCCCGGUUUGGAUCCCCGGACUAGAGUGAAUAUUUCUUCAAACUGCGAAGCUUUCUUUCUGCGAAACCCGUACGGAUUUUCUUUGUAGCUUCGUGCUAUAGAGUCGGGUUGAUGAAACUUUUUUUGUAUCGUGAAACUUGGUUCUACAAAGCGUAUUUCUACCAGACCUGGUGUGCCAACAAUAUCAUCUGCCUUUUUGAGAAACCGGCAUUCACUGCAGUGUAAUAGGUGAGCUUCGUGCUUUCGUGUGACAAUCGUGCACAGUGCGCAGAAAUUACGCCGGCGCAUGUCCCGCGCAAUGAAAGCAGUGGGCGCCAUAGCAUUUAGAAAGGCACUCGCAUUUCGAAAGGCACUUGCAUUCCGACUGCGCUGUCUAAAAUCAAGAAGGAGGCCGACAGAUGGAGUAGCACACUGUGGUAUAGAAGUUAUAUAGACAGGGAUGACGUGCCUCAGAAACGCUGGCCAACGUUUCGAUAUGUAGACCUAUCUUUGUCAAAUAGAAUCACUAGUCGUUCGAACAACCAGUCGAAAAGUAUUGUCACCAAAGUUGUAGCACCUGUUCACAAGACGCUUUUGUCGUACGCUCAGGGGCAUCAAGAAGUGCAUAUGGUGUCGAUAUCGCAUAGUGCAAAAGCACGCAUCUGCCGAAAUUCCACAUUUUGUAGGUUGUAGAAAUAAUUCUGUAAAAGAACAUGCGAAAGCGCUUACAGCACAGAUGCAAAUGAAGUGGCAGGCGACAAUGGGACAACCGACCUCCCAUCGUCUCUGAAUUACGUUCUCUGGCUUUCCCACAGUCACCCUCAUCUGUUCCGACACGUCGAGCAGCGCCUUGCGCGGAUUUCCUUUUUUUUUUCAGGACAAUGUUCGGUGCUUUGAACUUUUUUACUCUAGCACAUUGUAAAUAAUGCCUGCCGAUGACGCUCGACCAAUGCUGGCUCGUGUUUGUGUUGAGAUUUUGCAAUGGCGCUAUGUACAUGCUCGAGUGUCAUCUAGAGCAUAUGCUAGCAAAGCUGUAACCAACCACUUAUAAAUAUACCAGAAGAGGCUCUGCUUUCGUGUUUUCCCUCUGCUCACUGUAUGUCAAUGGCAGUUUUGUUGCAUUCUAUUUUUUAACAAAUAACUAGAAGCCUUAACUAAAAGCUUCGGAAGCACCAUGGCAGGUGCCAGCACAUUGCUACCAACUGUACACAAAACAUAUAUGCAUAUCGCGCGCUUACAUAGUUUACUGCGUACAUAUUAUCGUCAUCUACACUCCCUCUCUCUCCUUCCUCUUCUACCUUAACUAUACGUAGAAUACGUAGUAGGCCAGAAGCAAGGCUCCUCCGGCUGACCUCCCUACUUUUCCCACAUUAAAAAUAUUCUCUCUUUCUCUUCCCCUCGUAUACCGAAAUUUUGGGUCUUUACCUGUGCCUUAAGACGACGACGACAAUGACGAAGUCUCACACUGACAAACUGGCCUUCCGCACGUACAUUGGUAAUAGUAGAAGCCACGUGAGCAGCACGAAUGUUGUUCAAAUAGUGUCCAUUGCAAACACUCUUCUUUUCAAUGCACGGCAGUGUCAUAUAUGACAUCUUCAUGAAGAAGCUGCAGAUCACUGAACUUAUGUAACGUUGUUACGCUCCCGAAUAAACUAAAAAAAAAGAUCUAGGAACAACUCUUAAAUGGGCCUCGUGCGACGUGAACGACUUGGCAAAUAAAACGAUGUUAAACGUUAACAAACGCGUAGUUAUGGAGACAUAGACUACGUUUACUGCAGCAAAUCAGCCUACGAUGUAGUGGCAGUUCGACCGGUUCUCGCAAACUGACAUUGACUUAUAUAUAUAUAUAUAUAAGAGAGAGAGAUAGAAACGCUGCGAGGUUCACCAUGUUUCUGUAGACAUGUUACUUUAUUUACUACGGGA